AUGUUCGUCCCGCGCUGCACGGACACAGACCAGGAGGCCUUCUCCGAGGGGGACGCGGCAGACCCGGGAACAGCCCCAGCCUUCAGGCGUACCGGCGGGGCAACGGCCCCCUCAUCACGCCGCUCGCUGUCCUUCCCCGCCGGGUCCCGCUGUCCCGGAGCCAACGCAACCCCUUACCUUCCUCCAGCGGAGAAGGAGGGAGCGGGAGAACGGCGACAGGCGGCCCGCUCCCCUCAGCCCGCGCCGCCGCACCGGGAGGCGGAGGGACUCGCCAGUCCGCGCCGCCGCUGCCGGCCCGCUGCCAUCACCACCCCGGAACGGCGCCACUUCCGGCAUGAGGGAACCACUUCCGGUUCUCUCCCGACUGCAUCCGGGACGCGGCGGGAGGUGCCCGCCGGGCAGCCGUUGGCUGGCGGCCAUCUUGGCGCGGGCCCGCGCCCCGCUGUGGCGCUAUUGACCUCGCCCAAAAUGGCGGUCGGGUUUCCUGGUGGCGGCCCACGUUCUUCUGCCGCCCCUCAGUUACCGCCCCGGCCCCGAGCUUCACCUCUGUCUCUUGGCCGCAUUUGCCAGGUAGUGACAUCCCAGCUGAUCCAGAAUUAAAAAGUUUUCCAGGUGGCUCUGACCUUCUGUUUAUGUAUGGCUUUCUUCCUGAUGUUACAGCUGCCCCUCUGGUGAUGAGCACUCCCAAUACUGAGCAGCACCAGGGCUCUCCUUUCAGCCUCUCAAAGCUGGAGAAGCUGCAGCACGGUGUGUGUGGUGUGUGCGGGGGAUUUUCAUGCUCCCUCCUCCUGCCUGCAGCCACAUUCCAACAGUGCCAUGUUAGCACAUGACCUGAUCCGGUGGUGAAGACCGACUGGAGAAAGUGAAGGCUGGUAGGCUCAGCCCUUCCUCUUGACUGCCUGCAGCAGAGUUGCAUCUGUCCCGAGGAAAACAAUGUCUUUUAAAAGAAAAAAUAUAAAUAAAAAAACCUACAGGCAGUUGAAAUUAUCUUCUUUCU